AUGCUACAGACAAGAAUAGCGUCGCGAGGGAACGUCCUUCGAGACUUGGGCAUUCUUCUUUGCUUCUUGGUCAUUUCGGAAAUUCGAAUUGGGAGCUGCAACGCAUUUCAAAAUUAUGCUUGGUCUCCGAAUCGAAAGCCCAGCAUCCGCCAAGAUACUAGUCGCAACGUGCUAGCAGAACCACCAAAAGGAGUUGGUUCAACUGAAUGGCGGGAACGACCGAGGAAGAAGCGCAUCAUUAGAACGAAAAGGAAGAAUCAACAGGAGCGAAAAGAAGAAGUCUUUAGCUCGGGACGAUGGGAUAAGGCGGUCUUGGUGGAGUCUAAUAUUCGAGAUGCUUUGGAUGCCCUCCAAGAAUCAUUGAAAUUGAAUGCAAAAGCAGGGACUGUUCUUGACCGAUAUCCUUUGCAAUUUCCAGGGAUACGGGAUUGCAAUGCUGCUUUGGCAUCCUUUGGUGAUGCCGAUGACCUGCUCCGCGCCUUGCGACUAUAUUUCAAGAUGCGAAAGGUGGCAGGGAUAACUGAGAGCAACCCGCCCAAGAAAAUGCAAGCGGUACCUGCUCCUACACUGGUGACUUUCUCAACUCUUAUGAGUCGAGCAAUGUAUGCUGGCAAACCAAUGGUUGCCAUUCGGCUUUGGAAUAUGAUGAAGCAGGAGCCUAAUUUCUUUACUUCAAAAUCAUCCGCUUCUAGCUCUUCGAGAAUCAUUCCCGAUGUGAAGUCUGCAAAUAUUUUGAUGAAUGCAUAUGCUAAACUAGGAGAAAUCCACCUGGCCCAAGAUCUACUUCAGCAAAUGAUAGAGGGAGGUGGUAAGGAUGUUCCAAAGACUGAACCAAACAUUGUGACAUACAAUACGCUGUUGGAUGCAUGUCACAACGCUGGAGAGUUGGACAUUGCGCUGCGGGUCAAGGAUCAGUUGGACAAUGCCAAUCUUCGGCCUGACGCUCGGACGUUCACGACACUGAUUGCGACCGUAGCACGAAAAGCACAAGCCGCAAGUGGUGCGAAGGAUCCGACUCUAGCAUUUUCCUUACUGAAAGAAAUGAAAUCCAGGAGAAUACGACCCAAUGGAAUGACAUACUCGGCAUUGAUUGAUGCUUGCGGUAGAUGCGAACGAAGCGAUCUUGCAUUGAAAGGUCUACGUCUAUUGCUGGAUCAGAAAUCACGGGAGCAAGCGAGACAACCUGCGCAAAUACGAGACGACUACAAAUUGCCAGCAGAAGUGGGUGCUUGGACUGCGGCGAUUCAUGCUUGUGGAAAAUCAGGGAGCAUCGAUACAGCCGUCAAGCUAUUUUACUCCAUGCCAAAAUACGGUGUGUAUCCAAACACGAUUACAUGCGGUAGUCUGGUGGACUGUCUACUUCGAAACGGGAGAACGUCUGAUAGUUUGAAUGUGCUCAGAUACAUGAAAAAGAACCGAAUUGCGCCGAGUGAAGUAAUGUACACGUCAUUGAUGACAAGUGCUUCGAAAUUGGCCGAGUAUGAAAAUCAGAUUCUGGGAGGAGACGAAGUAGACCAGGAUGCGACAACUGCAGUUGAAGUGUAUGCAGAGCUCAUGGCAAGUGUUGCUCAAGCACCAAAGGCAAAGUUUGAUCAGCAGAACAACAGUCAUAAGAAGGCGGAUCCAAAUGAUUUGUUUCGAGUCUCUCUUAUAUUCCAAGAAAUGAAAUCUGCCGGCGUUGAACCUGAUCUAGCCUGCUACAAUGCAAUACUGAAAGCGUGUGCCAAAGGAGGUGAUGUUGAUAAAGCCGUUGAUGUUCUAGACCAAAUCAAUUCAUCCGACGAGCUGGAACCGAACGAGCAAACGUGGAAUUCGGUCAUUCGUGCAGCAGGCAAGGCUGGUAGAAGCGACGUCGCCUUGUGGGCGUGGAAGAAUGCUGUUGAGGAUGUUCUGGAUGAUGAUGGUGAACCCCGAAAUUCCAGAAAGAGGCACCUUAGCGAUCGAUCUCUUGGAGCACUAGUCUCGGCGUUGGUCCAAAACGCAGAAGAUGUGGACAUUGAUCGAAACACAGAAGUGCGAUUGUACCAACUCGUAGUCAAGAUUUGGGAAUCGAUUUUGUCACAAUCGGAAUUCCUUGGAAUGCAUUUGGUCCAGCGCAACAGAAUCUACGAAAACAAACAAAUCAUGGGCACCUUUCUUCAUUCUGUCGUAUCCUUGGAAAGCUUUGUCGCGGCAGAGAAUGCAAACGCCAAAAUCGAUAGAGCGAAGCUUCGAAAGAGUGCAAUUUCGAUGAGUCAAUUCAACUGUUUUGAAGGUGGGCUUUCGAAGCUGCGUGGAAAUGUUCCAGUUGCGACCGCCUUCCAAGCUGCCCAACGAUGGGCAAAAGAAGGCCAAAGCUAG